AUGCCCGAUCCCGGCCCGCUGAUUCGCUGCGCCCCUGGCAUUACGCCGCACUGGCCCCUCCCGCCAAACGCGUCCCGCCCCCCUUUCUCCUGGAGGCGUGCUGCUCCUCCUCCUCCUACUGUGUACACAGUCGUGAGCGUUGCACCUGUGAGCGCUGCAUUCGAAGAUAUGGCUCCGAAUGCAGGCGCGGGUAUAGAUGCAGCGUGCGUGCCAGCAGGCGCAGCAGAGCCUCUGGUACCCAGCAAGGACGCCCUCCUUCUAAUCCAGGAAGAGGAGGAGGACGCACGCCUCCUGGCUGCAGAUGAGGACUACGAGGUCGAUGGCCGCUCUUGCGUCGACGACGACGAGACUACGCUCUGGCUUAGGUAUACAAAGUGGCCGGCCCGGCUUGCGAACCACCCCCUCGACAUCCUCUCUGCAAGCACCCUGCAGCCAACGUCCUCAGACGACGACUAUGUGCUUGGAGACUGGGCUGGCACUGAGUUUACUGAUGCUGGGCGCGCACGCUACAUUGCGAUCUGGAAGCGCUUCAUCUGCUACAUAUUCCGGGUCUGGGCAACAGGCGAGCCUCUGCGGCAGGAGAUCUACGGGGUUCAGUUCUGCGAACGGGAAGCAGCCCUGAUGGAGUCUGUAUGGGAAGCCCUGCCUGAUAGCAAGGGCGAUCGCCUAGAGGGGCUAGACGCAGGCUCCAGCCCUAGAUCCCAGCUGGCAGAGGCCCUGCUGCAGCUGUCGAUAACCUUCUGGACCUUCCGCAGCACAACUGGCGACCUGGCCCCAGCAGUCCUCGUGCACUUCACUGGUGUUCUUGGGGUUCACCGGCGGGCACUAGCAUACAAGUCAGCCUAUAGCUACACGCCUAUGCUCUCGGCCCUGAUCUGGGUUGGCCGGCUGCUCCUCCUCGAAUACGCACUGCCCCUGCGUGCCUACUCCACCCUACAACAGCCCUGGCCUGCGCGGGAUACAUAUAGCGACUAG